CGUACUUAGAUCAAGUGGUUGCUAUGCAACCAGAGCUGCAUCGUCUCCUUUAGUGACAAUGGCUGAAAGAAGUUCUGAUAGAAAGGCCCGUCUGUCCCAGCCCUUCGUCUCGCAGCUCAAGAAACGCCCGUCCUCUAGCAGUAAGGCUGAGAGGUCCAAGAAAGUUGAAGUGAGACCUCAGGUAAAAUCUGCCUCUGGUCCAACAAGCAAGCACACAGACGACCUUUUUGCUAAGGAAGAACAAUACAAACUCUUAAAUGCAGAGCUGGAAGCCAAAACAGCAGAUCUGGUUAGACAGGCAGAGCAACUCAUGAGAGAACAGAGUGAAGUUCUGUCGAAACCCUUAUCCACCCUCCUGCUCACGGACACUGAGGAUGAAGAGGAUUCAAGGAUAAUAACGCCUCUUCAGUGCACUUCACAGGAGCCCAGUGUGAAGGUGAUGACCAAGAAAAGGGUCACAUCGGCAUCCAAAAACAUGGGUCCUGGAAAACAAGGAAAAACGCCUCACUUUAAAACACUAGCUGCAGACCUAACUCACACGGGCGAUUCAGCAGAUAUAAACAACUCGGCUGACAUUUUCCUGGCGAAGACGAUCCGGAGCGUGGAGGAGAAGAUGAACGAUGCUGUCACUCAUGAAAAUGUUGUGGAUGAUGUACCUAACAAUGGAGAUGAUGUAGGAUCAGGCAUUUCAGAUGCUCAAAUACGAGUUCUGAAGGCAAAACUACGGAUUAUGCAAGAAGAACUGGAUCAACUGUCUUGUGAAUAUUACAAGAAGGAUGAUGAAAACGCUAAGCUUAGUGCAAAAGUCAAGGAGCUCGAGGAGGAUCGAGCCAGGCUGCAGAAAACGACAAGCAUCCAACAAACGCAGAUUGAGAAGCACAGAGCUUUAGCGGAAGAGUCUGGCAAAAAAUGUGAUGGUCUUCAGCUGCAAGUGGCAGCUUUACACAAGGAAAUAGAAAAUCUGAAUAGAUCCCACAAGCAAGCAGUAGCCGCCCACAGCACGGUGGAGGUUCGUCUGAACAGAGCCUUGGAGGAGGUGGAGAGGUUAAAGACUCAGCUGAACAAGAUGAAACAGAUGAACAAAGACAAGAUAAGCGAGGAACAUCAGAGUAAAGAAAACCUACUGGCUGAAAACAAAAUUCUAAAAAAACAGAAAGCGGAGCUCAUCGUGGGGUUCAAGAAACAGCUCAAACUGAUCGACAUUCUCAAAAGGCAAAAGAUGCAUUUUGAGGCUGCCAAGCUGCUGUCAUUCACAGAAGACGAGUUCAUGAAAGCUCUAGACUGGGGGACGUCAUGAACACUGAGAGGAUUUUUGGUGAAAAGAACAGUUUGUUGAAGGUGUCUUAACACAUUUUAAGACAUAUUUCAUUUAUGUGUUGUGGCGUAAAAGAUGU